UUUGAUGUAUUAGAAAGUAUAUAAAGCACCAUUGACCGCGAGAGAAAAGUAUCUUUCGCUAAGUGAAGUAGCGUCUUCUUCAUCUGUAGAGCUCGCCCGUCACUACACUGUACUGUAGAGAGACUGUUUGAAACCAAGAAACUAAGAUCUCAAAGCUAGAUUAAUCAAGAUGCAUUAUCAAGCCGUUGUAUUUCUUCUCCUGUGUACAUCCGCUGUGGGAUUUGCCCAACGUCAACCUAUUGUUGCCGAAACAACUAGGCCUGCAGAUGCUUCACCAGUCUUCCCUCAUAUUGAAAACCAAUAUAUUGUUAUUCUUCAGAAUUCAGUAGACCUUAACAAAACUGUGCAAGACUUCCAGAGGAGAUAUAAGCCUAGUUUCACUGUUAUUGAUAGAUAUUUAUUACGAAAUGAAACGGGAGUAAUAUUCAAUGGCUUUGCAGCUAAGAAUAUGAGUCGUGCUGUAGCAGAUCAGAUCGCUAGAAAUAGAAUGGUGGACUCGGUAGUUCAAGAUGCAACAAUGAAAACUGCAGAGUUGUCAUGGGGAUUGGAUCGUAUCGACCAACGUAACCUACCUCAAGACGGAGACUUUUUAUCAGAAGGUAUGCCUACCAUCGCGGUCGUUACUUUUUUACAGGGCUGGUAUGAUGGAAAUGGGCAUGGGACACACUGUGCUGGUACGGCAGCAGGACGGAAGUACGGAGUUGCUAAAGGGGCUAGAGUACAUGCUGUUAAAGUCCUCAAUUCUUUUGGCAGCGGAUCCAUUUCGUCAGUAUUAAGUGGUAUGGUGUGGACGGCUCUGUACGCGCAGCAACCUGCAGUUAUGUCAAUGUCACUGGGUGGUGGGUACAACUGGCUCAUCAAUUUUGUUGUGAACAUCAUCAACAACUACUUUGAUAUCCCUGUGAUCGUGGCUGCAGGAAAUUGGAAUUGGAACGCUUGCCAAUUUUCUCCAGCAUCAGCUGCUGAGGCUUACACCGUCGGAGCCUCUACCCACUGUGAUGCCAGGGCCUCUUUCUCCAACUACGGGGGCUGUGUGAAUAUCUUUGCGCCAGGCACCAACAUAAAAAGUGCAUACAAAAACAGUGACUGUGACACAAUGGUGUUGUCUGGGACAUCCAUGUCUACUCCUCAUGUUGCUGGAGUUGCGGCGAUCAUCAGAGACCGGGAACCAGGACUGACACCAGAUCAGGUGAAGGCAAGACUGCACUCAACGUCAACUAUGAAUAAGAUCACAUCGGCUCUUACCGCACUCAACCACCUUCUCUACACUUCUCCUUACCCAUAACUGGAUACCUCAACUGAUAGGCUUUCAUGUUGAAAACACAUGAAAUACAUGAUAAAUAUUUGUGUAUCCCGUAUACAAAAAAAUUAGACGAGUAGUGAGUUAUAUAAUAUAAUAUAGUAUAAUAUAGUACCAGUAUAAUAAAAUAUAAUAUGAUAGGACUAAUGUUUUGGGCCCUACCUGAUGUGUAACCGUACCGAAUACUCAGUACGUCACCAAAUACAGCGAAAAAAAUCUCAAGUGGGAAUCGAACCAACGACCUCCAAGUAUCUAGCCUGAUCUUAACAAUUAGACCACCGAGCUUGCGCUUGGUGACGCGUGAUGAAUCCGAUCCCCUAGUAACAGCGGGUACUGCAGGUGCUAUAAAGGUAUUUCCUGACGCAAAUUUAUAUCUUUAUAAUAUAAUAAAAUAUAAUGUAAUAUAAUAAUUAAUAUAAUAAUUUCAACUGUGACAUAAUUUCUUGAACCAUGUUUAACGUAUAGAAUUAUAUAGAAAACUUAUUUUAGUAAACGGACAUAAAUAGCUCAUUGUUAGGAAGUAUAACAUCGAUACGUUUCUUAGAAUAAGCAUAUUUAAAUCAAAAUAACUCAAAUAGCAUGUGUUAAAUAUGGAUUCGAGUACUUAUUAUGAAGAUUACUAAGAAUGUUUUGAUUUGACUUGAUUACACAGGUCUCCCUCCAAUUAAAGACCAUAAUUGGGACCGAGGUUUCCAUGAUCUUCAGCAGCUUUGGUAUCUAAUUAGAAUAAUAAAGAUAAAAGACAUUAUUAUGGGACCACAGAAAAGUGGUCUUUAAUUGGAGGGUCUUUAAUUAGUGGGAGACCUGUGUUCUAAAAAAAAUAUUAUAUAGACCUAGGCCUAUAUUGAAAACAAAUAGUAGCUCCUAAGUAAGAUAUUUUGCCUACUUCAUCACCUAGGCUGGUCCAGGAUGAGAAAAGAGUUUAUUGAAAAACAAAAUAAACGUUGCCAGUAAGUAGCAUAAGCAGUAUUGCCUGAUGAUGACGUGUGACACGUCGAAACAUGUCGCUAAAAAGCUUUAUAUAUUUUAUUAGAUGCAUUACUACAUUUGUAUAAAUAGGAAACGUUUUGAGAGUUAGCAAUCAUUCGUUGUGUGUCUUUCGUAAAUUUGAACAUUACAAUGAGAUAUUAACGCUAUAGGUCUACUGAUUUUAAUCUCAUUUACCUUUUUGAUCAACCAAAUAAAAAGUCAGAAAACGUCCUUACAAAACGUUUUGAAA